AAAUUAUAAGUACCUAGGUAGCAUGAAUGUAAUUAUGUAAUUUAAGCAGCAAAAUCUUUUUUAUAUGUAAAUAAAGUUACUAAGCUACAUUAUGAAAUGAGUGGGAAAUGUGAAGAUCAGUUUAUGAAGACAUUUAAGUUUUACAGGGCCCGCGUGCCACCACCACCGCUUUCAAAAGUUAUCGAUGUUGAUAACGCUGCUUUUGCAGAUAAGAUUACCAAAUUAACUUUUGAUAAUAAUGUGGAGCAAGAUGACAGACUGGAACUGUUGGGCUUGAAGCCCUUUGCACACUGGCCGGUGUUCACUAUCAAAAAACACCCAGGAUUAAUCUUCAUUAGAAACCCUUUCACAUCCCAUGGUCAGAGAUACUGGAUAAGAAAAUGUUUGGAGAAAUAUCCUAGGAAGCCUAAUAAGACUAACAUUGAUAUUGAAGUAAUAUUAGAAGAUUGGUGGGAAACUUGUUAUGAGGGACACAAAUGUAACAUACAACUCUUGAAAAAGCUGAGAUGGACUACUUUGGGAUAUCACCACAACUGGGAUACCAAAGAGUACAGUGAAGCCAAUCGGAAUAAUUUUCCCAGUGAACUGUCAGAGUUGUGUGAUGUAGUGGCCACAUACCUGGGCUACAAUGCCUUCCGAGCCGAGGCAGCUAUAGUUAACUACUACCAUAUGAACUCCACUCUGUCAGCGCACACAGACCAUUCAGAGAUCAAUCUAGAAGCACCUUUAUUUUCAUUUAGUUUUGGCCAGUCAGCAAUAUUUUUGAUUGGUGGAGAAGACAAGAGCACAGUGCCUUCAGCAGUAUUACUACAAAGUGGGGAUAUCUUAGUGAUGUCCAAAGAAGCCAGACUUUGCUACCAUGCGGUUCCUAAAAUAUUGUCGUCUCCCUCUUCCCCAUGGAAUGACAAUGUUGAAGAUAUCCAUACAAAAGAUGUGCCUAAAUUCCGAUAUAUUUAUGAAAAAGAUGUUAUUGUUGAUAUGAAUAGUAAUCAAAAUAACGGAAAUUGGUCCAUAUUUAAUGGCUAUGUACAAGAGUCGAGAAUAAAUGUGAAUAUUAGGCAGGUAUUAAAUGAAACGCAAAGUAGAUUAUGAAAAUACAAUUUUUGAUAAAUAUGUAAAUACAUUUUAUUUUUGCUAGUGUCCAUAAAUAA